CAGCCUUCAACUGUUCUUUUGGCUAUGUGAUUUUUUCCGUGUCCAUCGAGUGUGUUAUAACGAAGAAGUCGAGGAACGACUUUGAAAUUUUGUUAUCGCGCCUAGCAGAUGUCCUCCGCUCUGCUGAUUAACGUGCUCUCAGUGAUUGUGUCAAUUAGAAUAACAGACUUUUUCUUGUGAAAACUGUUCGGUUUUAUUCAUUCAUAGAGGCUAUUAUCGGGACAAUUGGUUGAAAAUUGUUCGCCAUUAAAAUAUGUCUAAAACAUUGGUACCGCCGUUACUGCCGAAGACCAAACCGCAUCUUCUGCAAGAAUCCGCAUCCACAACGGUACUACCGAACGGUACCACGGCCGUCUCUCUUGUAGACGUGUUCAGUACCCACAAGGAAUCAAACAAUCACGUAGUUAAAAUUCUCAUCAGCCCCCAAAACGACAAUUCCUCGAAAACCUUCGUUAAUUACAAUAAUGAGGGUAGUACCGAGGUGAUUAGUGACACCGCACCGUGCAUUAGGAUUAACUUGGGUGCCGAGCCUGAUGUAGUUCAAAAAAGUGACAUGUCGAGGAAUUACUUUUAUUAUCGCGACUACAAUUAUGGAGCCAUGUCCAGUGGGCAGAUAUCUCCCAGUGAAACCAUGGAUUCAGGUACUUGCAGUGAUUUAGACGGUACUUCGCCCCCUGUCGCGAUGAAAAGUAAAAAUGGCGUGUCUGUGACUCUGAUAGGAUCGCACAAUCGGGCACCCAGUUCGAGCAGCGGAGCUGAAGUCGACAGCGAUGACAACGAGAGCAGCGUGAGCUGCGAUUCCUUAAAUUGCGGAAAAAUCUCACCCAUCAACAUACCUCCUUCAACCAAAUCGACAUUGCUUCCACCUUCUCUUCUUGAGGACAUCCGACAAAGGCUUCCAAAGACGCCGACAGUCGAAGAAAACCCUUACGAGAAUAUCGAUAGUAAAAACGACGAACUGGACAGUAUUAUCAGCACAGAUAUGUUUUACAAGUUCCAUAUUAACGAAAAUGUGAAUAGUUUAGUGCCUAAAAUUGACAAUGUGAUAGAGAACGAAACUUUCGCUGGAUAUAAAGAUAUUUUGGAUGACGGCUGUACGACGAUUAAGAGUGCCAAAGGGACAGUGCGUGGGGUUAAGAAUCGGGUUAGGGCUGGUAUCGCUACGUUUUUACAAAUUAAUUCUACUGGAAAAAACUAUAAGGAAAAAGAGUUAGGCAAAGUGGUGGUAUACACAACUACUAUGGGUAUUCUCAGGGAAACCUACCAAGCCUGUAUGAAAGUCAAACAAAUCUUGAGGCUGCUGUUGGUUAAAUUUGAAGAGAGGGACGUAUUUAUGAGCUCCGAAUAUCAGGCAGAGAUCCAGGAGAGGAUGAGGUGUGAUCAGAUCUUGGUCCCACAGGUGUUCGUCGAUGGCGUUCAUAUGGGGGAUGCUGAAACGAUUGAAAGGCUAAAUGAAACUGGGGAGCUACGACGAAUACUUAAACCAUUUAAAAGCUUCGAUGUCUGCACUACUUGCAAAGUUUGCGGCGGCUAUAGACUAUUACCUUGUCACAUAUGCAAAGGUAGCAAAAAAUCCGUCCACCGAAAUCAUUUUACGGCGGAAUUCGUAGCUCUUAAAUGUAUGAAUUGUGACGAAGUGGGAUUAGUCAAGUGUAGAUCAUGUUCAUAAUGAAAAAAAUUUCUAGUGUUUUUAAUAUUCGCAGCUCAAUUUAUUUUUGUACAGUACUUUAGUGGUAGAAAUAAACUAAUUGCAUUUUU